CAAGUUGUGUUUUCUCUGGAUAUCACAAUCAAAAUGCUGACUAACCUAAUCACUAAUUUCUGUAACACCUUUUUGGGGCGUUACUUUGAAAAUUUAGACACUAAUCAGCUCUCCUUUUCUCUCCUGCAAGGGAAGGCAGAACUGAGGAAUCUUUCUCUUAAAAAAAAUGCUCUAGCCAAUCUUGGUCUUCCACUUGCGAUUCAUUCUGGAUUUGUUGGGAAAGUUUCCAUUGACAUACCUCUAACACGAAUGACCAGUCGACCAUGGGUGAUAUUGUUGGAACAAUUGUACUUGGUUGCUGGACCAAAAAACAUGAAUGAAUCUCAAACUAAGGAAUCACCAGAGGUCGAUGUUGACAUAGAAUCCCUCAAACACAAGAAAGCUGCCCUGGACUUGAUGGAAGCCGAAUGGAGAUCAGAAAUAGGUUUUCAAGGGUUAACUUCCUUUGUCUACGGUUCCACAUGUUCUUCUUGGGUCAGGCAUGGAACAAGUCUAUUGACCAAUGUGGUGCAAAACAUUGAGCUGAAAGUCAAAGAUGUUCAUAUUCGGUUCGAGGAUGUUGAUAUGUCGUGCCCUGGGAAAAAAUUCGCCUUUGGAUUUAACUUUGAAUCAUUUACUGCCCAAACGUGUGACGAUCAAUGGAAGCCAUCCAAUUGUAUGGCCUCUGCUCACGAGAUGUUUAAAUUUGUGGAGCUUGGCGCCUUUUUCGUCUACUGGGACACAGACACUGAAAUCUAUAGGGACUUGCCUUUGAUUGAUCUACGCAAGAAGAUGAAAUAUUCCGGCACUGAGCAUCAUAAGUUUCUAUUGAUGCCCUCCAAUUUGCGCGUCCAUUUGAAGCGAAAUUGCAGUGCCACGUCUCUGCAAUCCCUUAACCAGCCUCGCAUUGUCUGCGACUUGCUAAUUGAUCGUCUCGAAGUUGAAGUUCGUCAUACCCAGUAUGUCCAAUGCUGCAAGGUGCUCGAGAAUUUGUCUCAGUUUGGUCGACACAAGUUUAAGCCACGACGUCAAUGGAAAUUCGCUGGAGAUUGCAUCAUUGCAGAAAUCAAGAAGAAGAGGAGAGUUGAAAACUGGCCGUUUGUCAUCCAACGUUCUCGAGAAAUCAUCAUGUACGUUCGAUAUUACAAAGAGCACUUGACAAAUCCGACUAGGUCCGCAGUGAUUAAGCCGGAACUUGACAGAAUGGAAUCCGACUUUGAACUAGAAGAGCUCCUGGUCUUGCGGUCAAUCUCCAUGCAGCAGAUUUCCAAAGAGAAAAAUUUUUUUCGGCGCUGGUACAACGAUUUCUUGUCAUGGUGGUCUACAGAGGAUCACUGGAACCAAUUUAAAAAGGACCAUUCUGUCCGUGAUAAAAAACCAGAACACGAGAUUCUCGAAAUGUUGAUCAAAGCUAGAAAGGAAAGCAUGAUUCGGAAGGAGGACAUGCUCUCUAUUCAGUUGAUUUUCACGUUGAAAAAUGGAUGCUUCCGCUUGUCCUCCAGUCCCAAAACUGAAACCACCUCUGCGUCGUCCAACACUCUACUGGAACUCGAGUUGCUUGAUACUGUCGUCGAAGUUUGGAAAUCAAAUUCAUUGCGAGAUUGGCUUAAAUUGCAAAUGAGCGUUGGAAAUGUUUUGCUUCGUGAUCGCUCAACCAUCUAUUUUCAAAGAAGUCUUCAUGGUAGCGUCCCACACAACGAUGCGCCGUUGUUUGAUUUUGUCUACGAAAUCCAACCACCUGAAAGCGACACGAAUCACCGACUGCGUGUCAACGCUAUGGCUACUGAAUUUGUUUACAAACACUCUAUUUUCUUGAAAAUCAAGGACAGUUUCCCUCUUCCCCCAAAAGAGCGCUCUUUGUUUGGCCAAAGGGUACGUAAGGAAGGUCGUUCGCGGUUUAAAAUGGUCAAACGACAGGCUAAGAAAGUUUUGCAACAGACUGCAGCGAUAUUCACCAGUCAGGAGUCAUGGGAAUUGCUUGUAAAUGUUACGGCACCUCGUAUCCAGAUUGUUGAAUCUCCAUUCAGCCCGGUUCCACUAACUGUCGAUUUCGGUCAUUUUCAUGUGACUCCCACCAAUGUUGGUAGUGUUGUCGCUGAAUUGGAUUCUUAUUUAACGUUAAACGAAAACGCAGAAUUCGCAUCGUAAACUUUCUGUUUGGGGUUUUGAAAAGUGUUGCGUUUUUUUUUACUUGAAAUGUUUUUAGUGCCACUCAUGCACGGUGUGUCUUCAAAUUCUCGUUUCUUCAUUUGUGUCUUCUGUUUAACUGUCCACUAAAUUUGUGUUCGUUCUCCUCACUUUGGAUGUCCCUGACACGAUAUUAAACAAUUAACUGUC